AAGAGCGGCGCUAAGGGGUUUCUGCAAAAGUCUCGUCGUAUUCAGUUUAAUUUGGUGCUUUUUUACCGCUUUCAAAUGGAUUUUUUCGAAUUUAUUGCAGGAAGGAGAUACUUCUUUAUUCGUGAAAUCUGUUGCAGAGCCGUGUUGAGACGGUCUGAUUUGAUGCCAUUGAAAAUGUAGAUAGACAAUCUCACAAGAGCCAAAGUGAUCGGUGAAAGUGGAAAUGCAUGAGGCCUUGGUUCUGAUUAUCCUGAUAGAGGAGGGUUUCGCAUUGGCUCAGAAAACUCAAGCUUUGCCUCAGAAUGUAGCUGUUGAGGAUAAGAAACCUGCUCACUGCGGAACUUUGAUCCAGAUGGUAAAUGGAGGAUCAUUCAGUUCUCCAAACUACCCCAACACCUACCCACCAAACAAGGAGUGCGUUUACAUACUGGAGGCCCAUCCACGGAAGAGAAUACAACUUGUCUUCGAAGACAUCUACUACAUCGAGCCGUCCUUUGAGUGCCGCUUUGAUAACGUUGAAAUCCGUGAUGGGCCGUUUGUUUUCUCUCCAUUGAUUAAUCGAUACUGCGGAACAAAGAGUCCAGGAAUUGUCACCUCCUCCGGACGCUUCAUGUGGAUCAGGUUUACCAGCGAUGAGGAGCUGGAGGGCCUGGGCUUCAGGGUGGAGUAUUCAUAUACUGCAGAUCCUGACUUUCAUCUCCAUAUUGGGGGACUCUUGAAUCCAAUUCCAGACUGUCAGUUUGAAAUGUCUGGAUCAGAUGGUAUAAUCAGAUCUAGUCAAGUUGAGGAGGAAAAUAAGGUGAAAUCAGGGGAAGCACUGGAUUGUAUUUGGACCAUACGAGCUCCACCGAUGUCUAAGAUCUAUCUCCGCUUUCUGGACUAUCAGCUGGAGAACUCAAAUGAGUGUAAGAAGAACUUUGUUGCAAUCUAUGAAGGCAGUAAUGCCAUUGAAGAUCUAAAGGCCAAGUACUGCAGCACCGUUGCCAACGACAUCACGCUUGACAACACUGUGGGAGUGGUCAGAAUGUGGGCCGACGAGACCAGCAAAAUGAGCCGCUUCCGUCUGCUCUUCACGGUCUUUGCUGAACCUCCGUGUUUGGCCAACACAUUCUUCUGUCACAGCAACAUGUGCAUCAACAACACUCUGGUUUGUAAUGGUGUUCAGAAUUGUAUGUUUCCCUGGGAUGAGAACAACUGUAAAGAAAAGAAGUCCAAAAGUUUCUUCCAUCAGAUGAAUAAAACUCAUGGCACUGUGAUUGGAGUGGCGUCUGGCGUGGUCUUGCUUCUUCUCAUCAUAUCUGUAUUUAUACAAAUGAAGCAGCCAAGAAAAAAGGUUUUGAGCCGUAAAGGUUUGCAGGAGGUGCUGGAGCCUCCUCAGUACGAGCUGUUCUCCGUGAGGGAAGCGGAGCUGUCGGAGGAUCUGUCGGAGGAGCUGGAGAGUCUGCAGAAACUCCGCCGCUCCUCCAGCGUGUCCCGCUGCGUCCACGAGCAUCACUGUGGUGCUCCGAGCAGCACCGCCUCCUUUGUCAUGGCAAGUAGAGUACAUCGUCUCUCUCAGCCGUCUGAUGAGAUGAGUACGAUUGUUGGAGCCAGAGGCUGGGGCAGUUUCCAUGGACGCAGGAGCAGCUCACACGCUUUCACGCACGACCCGCAAGCUCACGCUUACAGCGCGCAGAGUCUGCGAGAGGCACUUGAAAAUGAGGAGCUGGAGCUGGAGGGACGGGUGAUGGAGGAGAUCGGCUACAAUGAUUUAAACACCCGUGGACACAACGUUGUGAUGGUACGGAACCAUGCCAACCCUGUCCAACACCGCUCCCUCUCUAUGGACUUCUGAGAGGAGCGGAAGUCAGCUGACACUUUAUUUGUCAUGUGAACAAAAUAAUAUCAUUCAUAGCUGUACGUUUACAUUUACCCACACCUUCUUUUUUUUUUCUUUUUUUUACUAUUUUAUUUCAGUGUUUUUCUUAUCAUUCUCAGUACCUCCUUUGCCAUUCCUAUACUUGAUUUCAAGCCAAGUCCAGCAUUUUUUAUCAGUGUUAUUCUAAUUUCCCAAACCAUGUUAUAUAAAAUAGACAUGUAGGUCUUA